AGUGUCGCGCGGUGUUGUGCGACCGGCUCUGUGCUGAGUGGGGCCUGGACUCGAAGCGUUACCGCUAUGUCGAUCGAAAUCGAGUCUUCCGAUGUGAUUCGUUUAAUCAUGCAAUACUUGAAGGAGAACAGUUUACAUCGGGCGCUGGCCACCUUACAGGAGGAAACUACUGUCUCUCUGAAUACUGUGGACAGCAUUGAAAGUUUCGUGGCUGAUAUUAACAGUGGCCAUUGGGAUACUGUUUUACAGGCUAUACAGUCUCUGAAAUUGCCAGACAAAACCCUUAUUGAUCUCUAUGAACAGGUUGUUUUGGAAUUAAUAGAGCUUCGUGAAUUGGGUGCUGCCAGGUCACUUCUGAGACAGACCGACCCCAUGAUUAUGUUAAAGCAAACCCAACCAGAACGUUAUAUUCAUCUGGAAAACCUCUUAGCCAGAUCUUACUUUGAUCCUCGUGAGGCAUAUCCAGAUGGAAGUAGCAAAGAGAAAAGGAGAGCAGCGAUUGCCCAGGCUUUAGCUGGGGAAGUCAGCGUGGUGCCACCUUCCCGUCUCAUGGCCUUGCUGGGACAGGCAUUGAAGUGGCAGCAGCACCAGGGAUUGCUUCCUCCUGGGAUGACUAUAGAUUUGUUUCGAGGCAAGGCAGCUGUCAAAGAUGUGGAAGAAGAGAAGUUUCCAACACAGCUGAGCAGGCAUAUUAAGUUUGGACAGAAAUCCCACGUGGAGUGUGCGCGGUUCUCUCCAGAUGGUCAGUAUCUAGUCACUGGCUCUGUCGAUGGAUUUAUUGAGGUGUGGAACUUCACUACUGGGAAAAUCAGGAAGGAUCUUAAGUACCAAGCCCAGGAUAACUUCAUGAUGAUGGAUGACGCUGUCCUCUGCAUGUGCUUCAGCAGAGACACUGAAAUGUUAGCAACUGGGGCCCAGGAUGGAAAGAUCAAGGUUUGGAAGAUCCAGAGUGGACAGUGUUUGAGAAGAUUUGAAAGGGCACAUAGUAAAGGUGUUACCUGUCUAAGCUUUUCCAAGGACAGCAGUCAGAUCCUCAGUGCUUCUUUUGACCAGACAAUAAGAAUUCAUGGCUUAAAAUCUGGAAAAACACUGAAGGAAUUUCGAGGCCAUUCUUCCUUUGUUAAUGAGGCAACGUUUACACAAGAUGGACAUUACAUUAUCAGUGCAUCCUCUGAUGGCACUGUGAAGAUCUGGAAUAUGAAGACCACAGAAUGUUCAAAUACCUUUAAAUCCCUGGGGAGUACUGCAGGGACAGAUAUUACAGUCAAUAGCGUAAUUCUGCUUCCUAAAAACCCAGAGCAUUUUGUUGUGUGCAACCGAUCAAACACAGUGGUCAUCAUGAACAUGCAAGGCCAGAUUGUCAGAAGCUUCAGUUCUGGUAAAAGAGAGGGUGGUGACUUUGUUUGCUGUGCCCUCUCCCCUCGUGGCGAGUGGAUCUACUGUGUUGGGGAGGACUUUGUGCUCUACUGUUUCAGCACAGUCACUGGCAAGCUGGAAAGAACUCUGACGGUUCAUGAGAAGGAUGUGAUUGGAAUUGCACACCAUCCACACCAGAACUUGAUUGCCACCUACAGUGAAGAUGGACUCCUGAAGCUCUGGAAACCCUAAGUCAGCCUUUCCAGUGCAGCCAAGAAGCAUGUACUUAAGUGGAGGGCAUGUUCAUGUAUUACUUUUACUUUUUCAUGUCUGCAUCCUAGCAUAAAACUUGUAAAUAAGGCAGUAUGACAUAUUCAGUAGCUGCAGGUUCUUUUAAAAAAGAUUUUAAUAAACUUAAACCUUUCUUUACCAUAAGUGCUCAUAAAGCGGGAGGGAGAGUCAUUGUCCUUGAUCCUCAAGUCUGGUAGUGAGUGUAAAACAGACUAAUAUGAAAAGGGCUGGUGAUACACACAAGUUUUAAUUAGCAUUUCUAAUAAAGUUUUUCUUCUAGAAAUAUCAGUAUUUCAAAUCUUUUGGUAGAAGAUUAAUGAAAACAUUAGUCACUAUCCCAGUUAAAAGCAGAUAAACUAAUGAUGCCUUUAAGAUGCUUUAAAUGGUAACUGUUUCUUAAACAGGAAUUUUCAUAAAAUUAUGUCUCAGUCAGACAAUUUGCUUAUGAAGGCAGACAUGAAAAAGUUUUUGUUCUCAUCACCCUUCUCAUUCUGAGCUCUGCUUUUUAUGUUCAGUCCUGCUCUUGUGUUCCAGUUUGAACAAGUUACAGGGUUUAUGGGAUUUGAUGUUUGGGCACCGCUCUUUUCUAUGUAGAGGAUGAUUUAAUACUGAAAAUGUACUGUUCUGAAAAAAAAACUAGAAAAGAAACUGAGAUUUAAGUCUCUUAUGUAUAUACUUUUCAGUGAACUGAAAACUGUUCUGUCAACAAAAUUCUUGAAAAUGGG